AUGGCGGACUACGAGGCGGUGCAGCGCGGACCGCUGCGGCUGAAGGGCAGCGGCGCGGCCCUGGGGGCCGGCAAGCGGAAGAAGAAGAAGGCGAAGGACAAGGCCCAGAUCCUGGAGCAGAUCGUGAGCAGCAAGAAGCAGGAGGAGGAGAAGAAGCGCGGCCUGGACAAGCGGACCCCGGCGCAGGUGGCCUACGAGAAGAUGCAGGAGAAGCGGCAAAUGGAGAGGAUCCUGAAGAAAGCAUCGAAAACCCAUAAGCAGAGAGUGGAGGAUUUCAACAGGCACUUGGAUACCCUGACUGAGCAUUACGACAUUCCUAAAGUCAGCUGGACUAAGUGAAUGGACUGCUUUUCAAGGCUUUGGAUCAGGAGUUGUGUUUUGUUUAUACUGAACUGGGUUGCCAUGUCAAUCUGUGUAUUCCCCAUACUGAAUGUUUAAUAUAUCUUCUGAACGUUUA